AUGCAGACCUACAUCCCGGCGGCCCUCAUCGUCAUGAUCUCCUGGGUCGGCUUCUGGGUCAACCCCUACUCCGAGCCAGCCCGAGUGGCUCUCGGUAUCACCACGGUUCUGACCAUGACGACCUUCAUCACCAGCGAGCGAGCCUCAGUGCCGAAAAUCUCCUACGUCAAGGCCAUAGACGUCUACCUCAUCAUCUGUUUCCUCUUCUCCUUCGGCGCCCUGAUUGAGUACGCCAUCGUCAACUACACCACACUCGUCAGGCAGAAGAAGGAGACCAAGAAGAGUCCCUUACCGUCCCCCAUUGCCACCAACAUCCCACCAUCGCCGAUGACAACAAGGAAUGAUAUACAGAUGCUAGAAGUCGAAAGUGACGGAAGAAUCGCGCCUUUGGCAACCGUGGUUGAGGCGGACAUGGACUAUGAGAAUCCGUCCGACGCGGCCAGCACACCAUCAGACGACAGCGGCAUCAGCAGACCAACGUUCCGGUACAGAGUGAGAGACAAAGUCAAGGCGAGGACCACCCAGGCAGGCCACAGAGUCAGAGCAACAACCAGUCGAGUCAGACAGAGGGUUGGCAAAAUUUUAGACGACGAAUGCAUCAUAGACAGAAGGUCGAGAUAUCUGUUCCCCUUAGCAUUCACCGUGGUCAACCUUGUCUACUGGUUCACGUACAUAUAUGUAGACAUGGACGAUGAGAAAAUAGAACGUGAUUUUUAGCAUCUAAGGUACAUAACCUUUAUCUAUCUAGAAAAAGUGUGAGCGGCGUUUGAAACGGCAUGCAAUCUACUAUCGUAGAGUGGAACUCGUUGCCACCAAGCACAGUUGGGGCAUCAUCAGUAGAAAGCUUUAAAUAACUCCUGCAAUAAAAUGUGCAAAGAUUGUGUGUAACAAGUCGUUCGGUGUGAUAUGGCUAGCUGCCGCCGCGCCGCGUGCCUGGUUUGGACCUUGAAAGCUAUGGAUUGCUGCUGUUAUAAUAGAGAGUGAUAAAAACAAGAUUGAACUUGGCAUUGGACAAUCUUACAAAUUUUACAAAUUAGUUACACGUCCUGUUGCAAUGGAAUACAACCAUUGUGACACACCAUGCAGUGCUAUAUAUAUGAUGCUCAGUGUGACCUACGAUGGCCAAUGGCAUUUGAAAAAGCUGAUCACCAUAGUAAGCAGUAUUACUAGAAGAGGUAGAUAGCAUAUCAAUUUCUAGUGAAUAGGGUGUACCAGUGUGUCUAAGAACUAUUUAACUUUUAGUGGCUAGCACUCACUGAAAGUCAGUAGUAAAACAAAAGAUGAUAUGAUGAUCA